AGAUGCUGCCAAAGCUAAAGGCAAGGGGAAAAUGUCCCAAGAAAGCCAUGUUGAAUAUAUCAAAGACACAAUUGGAAGCUCAUUUGAAGAUAGUCUUUCUUCUGAUGAUGAUAAACCAAUAUCAGAAAUCUUCAGAGGUAAAAAGAAAAUUUGCUCUAUUGUUCUAUCCGAUGAUUCAAGAAAUGAUAGUCUGAAUUGCGUAGUGGACUCGGCUGAAAGAGGUAACAUUGGAAAAAUCAAAAGAAGAUUUGUUAGCAAAAGAAAAAAAGUCGUGCACUUUGAUCUUUCUGAUGAAGAUUCAGAGGAUGUUGAUACACCUGAGAACUUUGAUGAUGCACAUUUGGAUAUGCCUCUAUCAGAUGAAUUUGUGGCGAGAGCAACCGAUGGAAAAAUUGUCGAAGAUUCUCAUAUGCAGUCAUGUCUACCUUUGGCAGGCACACUAUACCAAGAGAAACAGGACCUUGUGGAAGAAACAUCAAAGAAGACUAAAAUAACCCAAGCUAAGGACAAACAAGUAACUAAGGCAAAGAAGGCGAAGAAAAUGAAGUCUAAUAGCAUAUCUGAUCCAUCCCACCAACUUACUGAAGUGGUUGUCGAGCAUAACAAAGGCAAAAGAGUUCCACAAACACCAACACUCAAGUCAAGGAGUGGCAGAACAAUCAGGCGAAGAAUAUUGGACUAAUGAAGUAAAAGAUUUUAUGAGACUUUGAAGAAACUUUUGUAUGUACUUUGUACAAUUAUCUAGCUAUGACUUUUGGCUCUACUAGCAUUUUGAGGUUACCUUUUGUAUGUACAUUGUAUAUGCCUCGAUGCAGUUUUUGUUUAAUGUGAUAUGUAUAUAUAACGCGUAAUGU